AUGUCAACCCGAUAUAUACUAAUUAUAUUUUCGACUAUAACAUGUUUGGUACAUGCCCAACUCACUCUGCCAAUCAUAUCAGAUCCAUCGUUCAACCUCCUAUCAGGUGAAAUACUUGUUUCUCAACAAUGGAAUUCAUGGGGUAUCAAACUUGGACCUAUUUCCUUGGGACUGGGUAUCGAUCUCAGUGCAUUGGGAUUGAAGAAGCGAGAAGAUUAUAGACGAUCGAGAGCUCGUUCAACAAUCAAAGCGCGUUUGUUGGGAUUAGAUCUGGGUUUACUCAAUUUGGGAUUGAAUUUCGGUGGACCUAAAUCCUCUCAACAAACACAAACGAAAUCGAAAGCUUUGAUCAACUUGAACCUCGAUGCGGAUUUGAGCGGUUUGUUCACUUGGGGAGACGCAGAUAAUGUCGCGAGAGGUGAGAGGGGUGACACAGAGUGGUUCACAUACAUAUCAAUCGGUACUCCGCCUCAAUCCCUCCCCAUCCUCCCUGACACAGGCUCAAGCGAUCUCUUCGUCUUUGGACCAUCUUGUUCCUCUUGUAACCUAUACAACCAUACUUCCUUCAAUUCCCAACAAUCAUCUACCUAUAAGAACGUUUCGGAUGAUUGGGUAUAUUACUAUGCGGAUGGAUCAGGUGCUUUGGGCUAUACAUCCACCGACAUCAUUUCUUUCGGUCAAGAUCAUGAUCAGAGGGUAGUAAAGGCAGAAAUGGAUUUUGCGAUUGCCACUCAAGUUGGAGGAAGCGAUUUCAAAUCUUCGUUUCGAAGUGGUGUGAUGGGUUUGGGAUUAGAUUCAAUGUCUACGAUCAGAAGUCACAACGUAUUUGAAAAUCAAGGUAGAACGUUGUUCUCGAGAUUGGUCAAGACAAAACAACUUAGCGAGAACGUCUUAAGUAUAAGGUUGCAAAAAGGACGACAGAGUCAGGGUGUGGUAUAUGAAGAAGGUCAAGGUCAAUAUACUUUCGGUGGGAUUGAAGAGAAUUAUGUGAGAGGAGGACGAGAAGGUUUGGCUUGGAUGGAUGUGAUGAGUCAGAAUUAUUGGGGAAUAACGAUGGAGGAUAUCUUGAUUGGAAGCAACUCGAUCUUAUCCCAAGAUCGUACCACACCGAGAAGAGCAAUAAUCGAUACAGGUACUACACUGAUCAUCACUUCUGAUUCGGCAUCUUCAAUGAUCCAUUCCAAUAUAUACGGAUCAUGGCAAGACCCCAAAUCUUCCAUUUGGUAUAUCCCCUGUAGUACGUCUUACCCUUCUACAGGAAACCUCUUCUUCACCAUAUCAGGCAAGAAGUUUGGUGUACCAAUCGAAGAUUUGGCUUGGAAGAGGAGUAACUCAUUUGCCGGAAUGUGUAUAUCAGGUGUUCAAGGAGGGAUGGAAAGCUUUACUGUCCUCGGUGAUAUGUUCAUCAAGAACCAUUAUGUAGUCUUAUCGUAUGGCUCCGAAGAGAAUGGGAAUAAGAUUCAAGUAGGUUUAGGAGAUAGGAUGGAUAUUCCACCUAUUUUAUAG